AGAGAGCCAGCUUCCAAAAUAAAUGCGCGUUAACAACAUCACACAAACACGUAAGUGAAACAAAUCAUCCUAAACGAAACGAAAACGGUGCGGUUCCACGUUGGGAUCGGGCAGGGUCAUCGGGAGGCGGAACAAUAAUUUCGGGAGGACUUACAUCUAAACAUCACCUAAAAACCAGAGUGCCUGUCUUGCUUUCAACAAAACCGAAGAAAAACAGCGAAAUUUCUCCCCCAACAAAUGACGUUUGCGCACGUUAUGAUGACGUAGGGCACAACUGAAGGAAAUCAACACUAUUCACCCGCCAGAUUUUAGUUUAUAUAUAUAUAUAUAUAUAUUAUAUAUAUAUAUAUAUGUAUGUAUAUGUAUAUGUAUUUGUAUAUCCAUAGCUAAAUACACACGCAUAUAUAUAUAUAUAUUAUAUAUAUAUAUAUAUAUAAUAUAUAUAUAUAUAUAUAUAUAUAUUAUAACUUAAGUAUGUACGGAGGUACAUGCGUACAAGAAUAGUCUUGAUUGAAUAUAUAUUGGCCCUUUAAUCAUCUUCCCCCCUUAAUUUGUGCUCCUGCUUAAACGACAGUGGUAUCGCUCUCUUUCAUCAUCCCACAUCAAAAAGUCCAUUUUCAAACAAUUGCAUUUAAAAAAAAAAAAAAACAGGAAAAAACCCUUGCUAAACAUCACAACACAAGCCGGAAAGAAUGCCUCCCAAAAUGAAGUUCAUUGAAGGUGAAAGGGUACUGUGCUAUCAUGGCCCUCUCUUGUACGAAGCAAAAUGUGUGAAGUCCGAGGUGAAGGAUAAAACAGUGCGGUAUUUCAUUCACUACAAUGGCUGGAAUAAAAAUUGGGAUGAGUGGGUUCCAGAAGCACGCGUGCUCAAGUAUAAUGAAGGAAGUGUACAAAAGCAGAAAGAAUUACAGAAAGCUCAUGCCUGCCGUAACACAUGGAAGGAUUUAAAACUAGGAAUCAAGAAAACUAAAACGAAGAAAGAUAAAGAAAAGACUUUGCUGUUUCCAGGCGACAAGACAAAACAUAAGAGUGCAUUGCUGGGCGGAAAUUCCAGUGGUGGUCAAAGUGACGCAGGUAACUCUGGCAAUGUGGGUUCACUGCCCACUUCAUCACCGCUUGCUGGAUCUUCAACAUCCACACCCACUGAACCAAAACGUAAACGAGCCAAGACAGAUCCUACUGUAGAAUCGGAGGAGGCAUUUCAAACGAAAAUCGAGGUGCAUGUGAAGGUACCAGAUGAUUUGAAAUUGUGGUUGGUUGAUGAUUGGGAUUUGAUGACCAAACAAAAGAAGCUGUUGAAGUUGCCAGCCAAACAUAAUAUUGAGACUAUUCUUGAAGAAUAUAUCCAGUUUAAAAUUACUAAGUCUAAUAACAAAGAUGCUGUUAAACUGGUCACCCAAGGAGUUAGAGAAUACUUCAAUACAACUAUAGGUACAUUACUGCUUUAUAAAUUUGAACGUCCUCAACACACUGAGCUUCUUGAAGCUCAUCCUGAUAUUCCGAUGUCUUCUAUUUACGGUGCUACUCAUCUUUUACGACUUUUUGUCAAGAUUGGAGGCAUGCUUGCCUACACUUCACUUGAUGAAAAGAGUAUACAGUUGCUGUUAACCCACCUUCAUGAUUUUCUCAGAUAUUUACAGAAGAAUGUUGCAAAUUUAUUCAACGUCUCCGACUACAUAUCUGUGACUCCAGAAUAUUUGCGGAAAGUCGGCUGAAAUAGGCAGCGCUCUUCCGCCAUAACAAGUCUUCUCCAAGAAUGGGUUAGCAGAGCCGAGGAACCAAUCGGGGGUUUUGUAAAACAAACUACAGACAAGGUCAUCGAAAAAAAGAGAGAGAAAAAAAAAAGAGAAAAAAUAAUCAAAAAUAAAAAAAAUAACAAACAAACAAAAACAAAUCACACAUAUAUAUAUAUAUAUUUUAUAUAUAUAUAUAUAUAUAUAUAUAUAUAUAUAUAUUCUCUGUUUGCAAUCUUUAUACUUCAUUACCACCAAUGAUUUUUGCUGAGCAAAAAAACAAAAACAAAUAAAAUAAAAUAUAAAUUAAAAAA